AUGGAUGUUGCUAAAUUAGAUAACUUAGAGAACAAGAAAGAAGAUGAAGUUGUUCUUCCCGGGUUUAGAUUUCAUCCAACCGACGAAGAGCUUGUCGGAUUUUAUCUUCGACGAAAAGUCGAGAAGAAGCCUCUUCGGAUAGAACUCAUCAAAGAAAUCGACAUCUACAAAUAUGAUCCAUGGGAUCUACCAAAACCUAGCACUAUGGGGGAGAAAGAAUGUUAUUUUUUCUGUCAACGAGGAAGAAAAUACAGGAACAGUAUAAGGCCAAAUAGAGUAACAGGAUCUGGAUUUUGGAAAGCUACAGGGAUUGAUAAAUCUGUGUAUUGUGUAAAAGAAUCCCAUGAAUGCAUUGGAUUGAAGAAAUCAUUGGUUUAUUAUCGUGGAAGUGCUGGAAAAGGUACCAAAACUGAUUGGAUGAUGCAUGAGUUUCGUCUUCCACCAGCUAAAGGAAAAUCUGUUAAUCAUGGCAAUGAUGUUCUUGAAGCUGAAGUGUGGACACUAUGCAGAAUAUUCAAACGAAUCCCUUCAUUCAAAAAAUACACACCAAAUUUGAAAAAAGACUCAGAAACAACACCGUCCUUCACUACCAACAACAACAACAACUCUUCAUCUUCCAACACAUGCAGCUUUGAAUCCGACAACACCAAACAGUACUCGACUUUCACCGAUUCACAGCCUCUUCAACAGAAUCAUGAAACAAAACCGUUCUUCAACGGACAUGUCGACCAAAGGCUUAACCACUCGUUCCUAACUCAAGUUCCAACAACUUUGUCUCAAUCAAGUUUUUGGAACGAACAUCCAAAUGUGGUUGACGAUGAAGCAUUUGCAAAUGAGAAUUGGGAUGAUCUUAGAUCUAUGGUUCAGUUUACCUUUGAUCCUUCAAAGGUUUAUGAUUGUAAAGACUUUAAUUAG